UAAAGUUCCGUGCCCGGACCCCCACAAUAAGCUCCCCAUCCCCGAUGAUUCUACUUAUCGCCUUGUUCCCAAUUCUCGCGACAGUAGCUAUCGAGAUUCCUGCUCUGCCUGACGCGCCCCUCUUGUAGUGAAGAGCGGUCUUUUGUUAGUACUGCGCGGUUUGUUUGAGGAUUUGUUAGCUAGCUGUGGUUUUUGUGGACUGGGGUCUUGAGUUGGAGUCUCUCGCGUAUACUGGGCUCUAUUCAUGUGAUCCAGCUUCCCUAGUAACCUCACCUCUUCUCAUCUUGGGAGUCGGCUUAGCCUCACUCGUUUCCCAUAAUGCUUACUGCUCCACCAUCAGAUCUGAUUUUCCAGGAGGACGAGCUGCCAAGAACGGAGACCAGGAUCGAUCCCCAGCUCUACUUCCCCGCCGAGAUUUUCGUCCUCAUACUGCGGCAACUACCGUUCCUGACCGUGGUUCAACUCCAACUAGUAAACCGAUCAUGGCGCGACGCAAUCCUGGGCUCGUCCGAGCUAUGGUCCUCUCUAGACUUUAGCGGCACGAGCGCGCCGCUUGCGGCAGAACAAGUGUUUAAGUGCAUCGAGAUGUCGCGGAAUAGCGUGCGGUCGCUGCGUUUGUCGGAUAUGAAAAGCUUACUGGAGCAAGUUGUUGUCGAGCGAUACCUUGCGUCUACGAAUUUGAGAGAGUCGCUGAAGCAUUUAGAGGAAAUCCACUGGUCGACGCAAACCUCGUUCUUCAACGACCGCACGUUUCUGGCCUCGAACCAGAUCUUCUCCCGCCUGAGCAGUAUCACGGUGCAUAUUCGAAAUUCACCAGAGUUUGUCUCGUGUUUGCUGCAUUAUCCGAUCCCGACUUUGAAAGAUGUGCACUUUGACGUCGAUUGGUUCGAGAUGUUCCGCGAGACUAUACAUUACGAAAUUCCGAUACAGAACACGACUAUAUUGGACAGUAUAGAGAGCCUACACAUUGGCUCACGGUUACCUGAAGAGAAGUAUCUGUACAGAUACCUCACGUCGCCGCUGUUUGGGUCAAAUAAGUGGAUCUUGCUAUGGAUGGUCGGGCUUCAAAGAUUGCUUUCAAUCCUGCCAAAUCUGAAACGAUUCUGCAUGGUCCGCAUAGAUGCCUUUGCAGUCGGCAUGGGCGGCUUCCAGAAUGCCGCCGAAUUAGACCUCACGCACCUGCACAAGUUGGAGACUGUGGAUAUCCAGUACUCUAUGGUCCCCCAGAUCUUACUUUACGCGGGCUCGAAAUCGAUCCGCGAAAUCAUCUUUGUCUGCUCGACCGAACUGCCGCGGUUCAUGGCGCAGAACGCAGAGAAAUUAUGGGUUGACUCGCGUGUUUCGAACCAGCGACCGCAGAUCCGGAAGCUUGUCCUGGCCGACGUGGCCUAUCCGUUCCUCGGCAAUUUUGCGCUCGUGAGAAUGCUUCGGAGCGUGUCGAGCCAGUUUCUGGAAGAGCUCGAUCUGUCGUCGGCGUGCUACCAUCGCUUGCUUAUCGAUUACUGCUCGUCGAUAUAUGACGAUAUCGAUCAUUAUAUGCAUCCCCGGCCUGAGGAUGGGAUGCAAUUCGAUACGGAUCCGGAGAAGUUCACGCUGGCGCAUAGUAUCGUUUACCAGUGUCCCAAUAUCCGUAAGCUAUAUCUCGGAAAUACGAUCCAGGACACGUCGCUCGCGGUGUUUAGACAGCUUCGAAACUUGGAAAAAGUGGACAUUGGAUACUCACCGGUCGUGACUCGAUUCGGUGUUUUUGAUCUCUUGGGUAUCCCCUACGACGAGAACGAGACAAACUCGCGGUUCGUCUCGACCGAGGAGAUUGUCAGCCGCGUGGACUCGCUAACCUCGACUGUUCGCGAACUAACAGUCUGGGACUGCAAAAACAUCUACACAGGCUUACUCGAUCCGAUCGCCGACAAAUUUGGAAUAAAGAUUACGGUGUAUAGCACCACGACGUUCACGAUCAACGGCGAAAACAACACUCUGGACUUGCUCACCCAUUACAGAUGGUACGAGCACGGGUCGGACAGGAUCCGGAACUUGCCGGAGCUGAGGUCGCGGCCGGAGUUGAAUAGAAGCGGAUGGAGAAGUGAUGCGCAUUGGAUAUGAUGGAGUUAUUUGAGCUGUGUUAAGUGAUUGCUUUUUUAUUUUAUUUUUAUGUUACGAUUUCGGAAGGUGUAGA